AUGUCUUCUACAGAAAAGGAGGGUACCCAAGCUCCUCCACAAAAAGCCAAAAACGCUCUAAGAGUUCCAAGAGCGGCAAAGGAAAGCCUAAACGCAGCAAGAGCUCAAAGAAAAGUGGGAAAUCGUUUUAUUCAGGCGGUGGAUUCUUUGUACCGUCAUCACCGCAAACCAACACGUUCCAUUAGCACUGAGUUUCCAACGGCGUUGCAAGAAGUGGAAGUGCCAACCUUCACCCCCACUGAAGCAUUCCUUCCGUUUGAAUCUUUAGCGGAGCUGGUGGAGGCCGUUGACGAAUACGUCGACGACCGAAGCCCCGAGUCAAACGUUGCACGCAUACGAGGAUUUCCCAUCAAUGCCUGGGACGUCAGUCAGUUAUCGGAUUUUAGAUUUUUGUUUAGUCCUAGUUCGGAACGUUCCUCUUCGUUGGGCGACUUCAACGAAGAUUUGGAUCAAUGGGACAUGUCUAACGCAGUAUCGCUUGAUUCAAUGUUUCUGAAUGCAAUCGCUUUUAACGGAGAUAUUUCCACAUGGGAUACCCGAAACGUGCAAAGCGCUACAUUUCUAUUUUCCGGGGCUGUAUCCUUUCGUGGGGACUUGAGUUCAUGGGACACGUCUAGUUUUCAGAGCGCGUUUGGAAUGUUUCGCGAUGCGUCUGCAUUUGAUUCUGACAUUGGUGGAUGGGAUGUAUCGAAUGUACGUGACAUGGAUGACAUGUUUUUGAAUGCUGCAUCUUUCAAUCAAGAUAUUUCAUCCUGGGACGUGUCUGGCGUAGUCGACGCAGCGGGUUUUACAGAUACAUUUGCCGGAGCAGCCUCUUUUGAUCAAAAUCUAUGUGCCUGGGGAGAUUUGAUCCAAGGUGAUAGUCGUCAGGUUGAGCGAAUGUUCAUCAACACAGGCUGCGCCUCAGCGUCAGAUCCUGACCUGGAGUUUUUUCCCAAAGGCCCAUUCUGCUCCUUCUGUGGUUGA